AUGGGGUGCACACCCUCACACAGCGAGUUCGUGAACAGCGUGGCCAGAAGCGGCAUUCAGUUUCUGAAGAAACCCAAAGCGAUCUCGCCAGGGCGCCAGGGGGCCGGUGACAGAGGCUCCAUCCCUUGGCUGAUUAAACACUCUGCCUGCUAUGUCGCCGGGGGGCUCCUGGCAGAGGGGUUGCCCCAGCCUGGGAGGGGCCCCGCUGCAGCCGUGGGAGACCCUACUUCAGGCAGGAGGAGCGACUCAGAGGGAUUGACCCCGGGCCCCAGGACGCCUCCUUCCAGGCGGGACAAGCCACAUAGCCACAUGGCCGAAGCCACCUCGCUCGAGACUCGGGCCGCCCGCCACUCGGGGAAUGAAAGGGAAGAAGGUGCCACCCAGGACACCACUGGGGGAAGGCCAGGCAGACCGGGCCUCGGCCACAGAGCCAAGGGCAAGGUGGACUUCCCUGACCCCCUGGUGAGGGCCCACCGGCGCGCCUACGCCUGCCUGCACGCCAGCCUCGCCAAGUACGACGCGGUCCUGGGCCUCGCACGCCGGGCUGCCCAGACGCGGGAGCUGCUGCGGCCCAUGCUGGGCUUCCUGCUGCUGUGCUUUGAGGAGAUCGGCCAGCUGCUGGGGGACGUCGCCAAGGAUGGGGAGGGCCUGCUGGAGGGCGUGCGGGAGGGGCUGGCCUGGCCACGCAAGGGCGAGCCUGGGGAGCAGCCGGACCUUCUGCAGCAGCUGCUCCAGUAUACGGUGGACCGACUGCGCGGCCUCCACGGUGCGGUGGCCUCCCUCACCGGGGGCCUCCUGGAGGGCUCGGGUGGAUACCUCCACUCCGCAGCCAGGCGCCUGGAGGACAAGCUGAGCGCCAAGAGGAGCGCGGACGACCGCCUGCUGAGGGCACUGGGGCAGCUGGAGAGCCUGGCCAGCGGCCAGGGCGGUCCCGGGGGCCAGGGCCUUCCCCUGUGCUCGGAGGACAGUGGCAUUGGUGCCGACAGUGAGUCUGUGCAGUCCGUGGACAGGCUGGGCCGGCAGGCCAGCUGGGACCUGGUCGCCGAGUCCGAGGAGUGGAAGUCGGGGGCGCCACCCGGCACAGAGGCCGGGCCGUCAGGACCCUCCACCCAGCAGGGCCUGGCCUGGACGGGCUUCGACGGGCCCCAAGACUGCCCGCUCUCCAGGCCUCCUGGGGCAAAGGUCCAGCCCGUGGCAGUGGAUGGUGCAAGGAACCCAGGCCCUGUGGGUGCUGGCCCAGAACCCAUCGUCCCUGGGGCUGUGGAUCGGGGAAGAAGCCCCCCGCAUGAAGUCAUCGGAAUCGGGGUCCCCGUGGAAGCCCGUCCUCCUGAAAGCUCCGGGUCAGUGGGAGGGGCCUCCCCUAGCGAGGGCGAGGACAGCAGCCCAGAGGAAGAGGACGACGACAUCAGCGGCCUGAGUCUGUGUGCGUGGCAGGAAAGAGCCCCACGGGCCAGGCCGCGCUCGUCGCCUGGGGACCGGGAAGGCCUGUUCCAGCCGCGGCCUGGGAGGCUCAGGAGCCCGCAGGCCCGGGAGAUGGUCCUGAAGAUGAAGGCGGCCAUCAGCGAGAGGAUCAAGUUUGUCCCCGUGCCCGCGGGGCACCAGGACUGGACCGAGGAGGACGAGGGGCGGGCACAGGUGCCCCCGAGGCCUCGCACGGUCAGUGGCAACCGGGGAGCCCCUGAGAGGCAGAGGCGGUCCCAGUCGGAGCCGAGCCUUGAGAGCCACGGGGAGGACGCCACCCUGCAGGAGCUGCGGAGGGCCCAGGGAGACCUCAGCCGGCGGCUGGAGGCCUUUUACGCCCUGGGGGACCAGGGGCCGGGGCGGGGCCGGGCGGCCCUGUGGUCCCACAGCAGCCGGGUCAGCCCCAGCAGCACCACCAGCCGGCUCAAGGCGUCCCUCACACGCAACUUCAGCCUCCUGCCCAGCCCGGACAAGAGCAUCGUGCACAGGUGCAACCCCCACCUGGAGGCGCCGCCCUCGAGCGCCAUAGCCGGGGAGGACUCUGAGGCCCCGCCUGCCAGGACCUCCGUCAGGAAGCUCAUUGAGACAUUCAGUCCCACCGCCAAGAGCCUGGGGACACCAGGGGAGGCAAAGCCCUCCGGGCCGGGCCCCAGCCUCCGGAAGUGGGGGGUCCCUAGCAUGCCUCCCAGAUUUCCUAUCUACAGGGGGCUCGCCCCUUUGUAUCCCAAACCCCAGAUCUCUCCUGCACCAGGCAGAGAGCCUUCCAGAGCGGGCAUGGGCUGGAGGCCCCUGGGCCCGGUCUUUCCCCCACUGCCGGCAGCAGGAGCCACAGAGACUGUGGGCAGCAGUUGUGGGGAGGACUCGGACCCAGAGCAUCUGCCUCCCCCGCCCCCGGAAGUCCUGCUGGACAAAUCCUUUACAUCCCUGGAAUCCCCAGAAGGCGACAAGCCAGCAGCAAGCACCCCAGCGCACUCCUCCAAGGAAGCCCAAGAGUCAGGGCCAGGAGGCACGGGCCCCACCAGGAAGACGUGGGCAACUCCGAAGUUGAGGGCCACCAUAAGCCCCAUGGACCUGCUGCCCAGCAAGGGCACCGCCAGCCCCACGAAGCCCCGCAGCACAGGCCCGAGAGGCGGCAGGAGCGGUGGCCACCCCAGAAGGUUUUCCUCAGACCCUGGCCAGCUGCCAGCCACCCGCCACAGCCCCGACGGGGAGGGUGGGGCCCAGAGGCAGGCACAGGCGGAGAAAGCUACCAGCCUCCCCAGGCAGCCCUGGAAGCCAGGACCCUGGCACCACUCGGGCCCCGCCACUGGGCCAGGAGCCCACCCCACCUCCUCCGUCCCCUCCCCAUCCCCGCCAAUGUCCCCUUCUCAGGGACGCAAGGGGACAAGGGACCCUGAAGACAGGCGGGCAGCCACAACCAAAGCGCCCGGAGACACGCGCUCCAUCUUCUGCCCGGCCACCUCCUCUCUGUUUGAAGCGAAGCCGCCGCUCUCCACAGCCCAGCCACAGGCCCCAGAGACCGCAGGCCCUCCUGGGAACCCGGCGGGGCACUGGCAGGGCAGCCUGCUGCCGGCAGAUUCACAGAAGAGGGCAGCACUGAGCACCCUCAACCCUCUGCCCUUUGUCAGGAGGACAGAAUCCGACCGCCUGCCGCAGCUGCCUGGUACGGACCCCACAGGCGCCUUCUGGGAGCCCCAGCCUGGCCACAGCAGCAGCAGUGAGGGGAGCCCCCUGAAGGAUGCCGAGCCUCGGAGCAGCCCUUGUGCCCCAGAACCACAGGGCGGGCGGGCGUCUCCCCCAGAGCUCUGCGUCCUGGGACACGGGCUGCACCGGGAGCCCCGCGCCGGCCCCACCCAGGACAGAGCCCAGCCAGAGGCACAGCCCUGGCAGAAGGAGGCCAUGGGGACGCCAGCUGCCCCCAAGAGCCAAGGGUGA